AUGGCUGAAACGAUGCAUUCAAAAUUGUGUAGUCUGGAAGGAACCGAGGAUCUUGAAUGGGAUUACAAUACAAUGCACAUCAAGUGCUUUUGUCACAAGAUGGCAUUGGUCGUUGAUGCUGGUUUGACAGAAUUGGGCAUCAAAGCUCCUCCACCACCAAAAAUAAAAAAGGCCUUUCUUGGUUCUUUCCCCUACUCUACUGCAAUGGCACCAAUUACCGAAGCUGAGGAAGAAAAGACCACUGCCAAUCAAAUGGUGUACGAGAGCGACUGCAAUGACAAUAGCAAUACUGAGGACUCUGAUGAUGAUGAGAUUGAUAUGGUCGAGGAGGACGAGGAAUCAGAAGCUGUGGAGAAAGGAGUGCCAGAAAAAAAUGAGAAGGCCGGUGGGAAAAAUAAAAACAAAUCUGCUGCAAACAGGAAUCAGUCUAAUGAGUUGAAUGAACUGACCAAGGCUUUGGACUUUGUGGUAAAAAAGAUCACCAGCUCAUAUGCUUGGAGACAGGAAUUUGACCAAUGUUCCAAGGGAAAAGAUUUGAAAGGUUUAAUUGCUGGCUAUGGAAUUUGCUGGAACAUCAAGUAUCAAAGCCGAAUGUGUGCCUACAAUGUUAUUGAUGCAAUGCUCCAGGAUGAGUAUGUUAAAUACCAAGAUCAAACUUCCCGAUUGAGCCACAAAGAAAACCGCAAGAAGUUGGGGCACUUUAAGGAAAUCCAGUUCAUGGCAAAAGAAUGGAGGAUGAUUGAUGAGUUGAAUAAGGAGUUAGAAGUGAGGGGCAAAUUACUCAAUUUCUACAGUUUUCUUAAGAUACUUAAUAACUUAUCUUUUGAUCAGCCUUUUGACCGUCUCAUAAAAAUAAUGGAGGGUGAUGGUCCUACAGGUGCCUUUGUACUCCCAAACUACUACCAGAUUAUCAAGGAUCUGAAGAAGAAAGAGGACGGAUGUGACCAAGGACACACAUUGCAUCCAAUGUAUAUCAAAAUGAUAGAAAAGCUCCAGACCUACCAGGACAAAGCACUCAAAUGUGAAACACUUGUCAUGGCAACACUUCUUCACCCAUCAUUCCGGUUGAAUCUUUUUACACAUUGCUGGCCUGAAUCUGCUGACAUGGCUAAGAAAUUAUUGGAGCGUCAUUUUAAGAAGAGAGACAAAUUAUUACAAAAGAGAAAAGAAGACAAUAACAAAAUCAGCCAGAAAAAGCCGGAAACCGUUGAUGAAGAUAAUAUCUUUGAAUUAUUCAAUGCUGCAAAAAUUGAAGAAAGCAAAGAGCUCGAAGUUUAUGUCAAAAACAUGGAUUGA